UGUCAAACAGGUUUGUCUUCACUUUUCGGAUACAUACUACUCAGCAGGAACAGCACGGUGUGUUCGUGGACCUUACGAAAGGAAAGAAAGAAAGACUCAUGAGGUUUACACGCGUGUUAAAGACACCCAAAUGUCAAGAAGCUGAGGUGUCCCCUCUGCAAAAAAUGGAAUGGAGCCUAUCUUAAGAAAACAGAUUAACAGAGGCACAAACACAGGAUAACUCUGCAGAAACAAGGACGUUUAUUUCAACAGAUAGGACUUCUAGUUUUAUAAAAAAAAAUGCCUUCAGGGACUAUCCAACACCUUCCAAGACAACCAGCGAGGACUGUUAUGACUGCAACACCCCCACGCCUACGCCAAAAGGGUCCAGUGGGUCCAGACUUCCUCCGGCAGUUCCCGACCGCAGACGGCAGACCGAAGCAGAGCGCGGUGGAGCGGCUGGAAGCAGACAAGGCCAAAUAUGUGAAAAGUCAGGUAGCUCUUUCCAAACAGCAGCCUGUGAGGCCUCCUGAUGUUCGGAAACCCCUGCUGAACCCUAGUACAGCUCUGCGGCCCACAAGGAAGACCCCGACCCCAACCAAAGCAAAGCAGGAGGGAGUCCAGCUUGACUUGGAGCACCUGAGUAACCUCAUCAGUGGUGUGAACGAUGGACCGCAAUCUGGUGUAAAAGCAGAGGAUAGACCCGAUGGCGCAGAAAGCUCACCUCAGCAGACCCCUGCAGGGACACCUCAGAAAAAGGAGAGACCGACUCCCCCUCCCCGUCCUAAUUGGUCCAGUCCAGCUAAAGUGAGAUUAAAAGCUUCUGGUCCUGCAAGAGUAGAGAGUCCUGUUUCUACAGGGUCUCCUGCUGCAGGGACGGUACGCAGAGUGGACGUCAUGCCUCAGGCCGGCCCUGCGAGGACGCCCUGCAGGCCACCUCAGUUCAUCCGACAACCCCUUCAGCCUUUACACUCCCAGUCUCCGCUCCGCCCGGUUGCCUCUCAUCUGCGCGUCUUCCCCCCUAGAACAACAACUACAAGUCCGCUGAAACCUGUCGUUGCUCUGCCGAAACCUGAAAACCCUGCUUCCUCUCCAGAUGGAACCCCCGUCCUUUCUCCGCAUCUUCUUAACUUCCCUGUGUUUCCUCCUACGUCCCCUGCAAUCACCCGUCUGUCCUCCUCCAGCUCCAGAAAACGCCGCUCCCUGACCCGGUCUAAAUCGGACAUGAGCGAUCGCUUCUCCCGGGCCGGCACAGAGCUGGAGCGCUUCUUCAACCUGUGUGGCCUGGACCCCGCAGACCUGCAGGAGUGGACUGGAUCUAGUUCCGAUAUUGUGUCGCUCGCACGUUUCCGCAGCGUAAGCGCUCCAGGGUCCGAGGUUGCAGGCUCGGGCAGAGAGGAGGAAGACGAGGAGGAGGAUGAGGAGGAUGUUAAGAAUGCUGCUGGUCGCGUGCCUUAUGGUGUUUCUGUUAUUGAGAGAAAUGCCCGAGUGAUAAAGUGGCUGUACGGACUCCGACAUGCAAAGGACAACGCAAACAAGAGCACAGAUUUAUAGGACGUGUUUUCAAAGUCUGAAAUAAGCUCGAAAACAAAAGCAAAAAGUUCAAUGUGUCAGAAUUUCAUAACAUACACUGAUGUGAGCGUGUGAUUGAGCUGGAAGUAAAUGAGGUGUUUGAUGUGAUUUCUAUAGAGAUGGAUGCAACCUUCUUCCUAAUUCCUUGUUUUGAUUAGUGUUUUUUUUUUCCUUUUUGAAAACUGGAAAUUUGAGUAAAUGUGUUUUUAUUUUAAAGACGUGUUUCUUAUUACUUUGUGAAAGUCAGAUUUUGUUGUUAAUGAUUUUUCUCUUUGGGGUUGUGUGUGUCAUAAUGAGGAUGUUGAAGUGUCAUGUCUGACCGCAAUCCUGCUGUGAAAGAACGCCAUUAAAGAUUGAAUGAUGCAAGCA